CAUGCCUACGGUCACUCAAAAUCGGGGUCGACCACACCUACUGCGUAGGUCCAAUCCCCGAUGAGAUUGCUAGGUCGCUAUCCAUGCACACAUAUAUACAAUUUUCUAGAAACAGAUGAGUGGGAGAGCCACUGGCUUCUUUUCGACGUUUGGUUCCAUCUGGAUCAGCUGCAUUUCCGCUCCCGAGUCGAAGACGAAGUCCAGACAGCUGUUAGGAUAUAGAAAGGCUCGUAUGUAGGAUUAGUCCAGGUCUGCCGGUAAGCGUAGGCUGUACCACUUCGUAAUAAAGAUUUGGCGUUUUAUUCAAAUGCUUUAUAUCCUAGCGUACAUGUAGUAUUGAUUGAGCGAAGAGUUCGCCCGAGGAUGGCUUUUCAUCUAGAAAACUAUACCUAGCCCAUCAUCGUAGAGAGGCUGAAGUGCUAAGACACGCUACCGGCCGGCACUUACCGCUAGAGGCUCCACUAUA